CGUGAAAUUGCUUUUGUAUUUUGGUUUUUUCCAUCUCGUGAUGUGGGAGAUAGAGAUAGGUGUCAUUGAUGCAUCCCUCGUUCUUUUUCUUUUUGAUAUCUCCUCCAGCGAAAGGUCAUAGGUGUCCUGAAGAUGCGGAUAAGAGGUACAACAAAAGGUCAAAACUGUACCGCGACAAGCUGUGGGCUCUCGACUGGGUCGGAGUGCCCGGCGAGCCCGGGUGCGGUGCUGCUGUAUUCUUGACAGAGGACGAAGGGACGACCUGGUAUUGUUGUGGUGGCAUCAUCAGGUCUGAAGUUGACGAGGCCACGACGGACAAGGGUAAGGUCGACGACCGAGAUUUGAGGAAAUUCUUCCUCACUUCGGUGUACGAUGAGCAGGGUACGAACUGGGUCAAGACUGACCACAAGGUCAGCCUUGACAUUGCUCUGUUCAAGGGGUAUGGUCAGCAGGCAUUCGGUAUGAAAGCCUUCAGCAGCAAGCGGGACGGGAAUGCUUCGAGGAUGCUCUUACCUAUUGAAUUCCUCACCAAGACCAAUGUGUAUAGAAGAAGUGGUCAAUACCCGAUGGUCUCCGCUGGUUACCAGCUCUCGUUGCCUCUUAUGCCGUUCGACGCUCUAGGAGAAAGUCUCGCAGGCUUGUCAGCGUGCUAUAGCGAUCGGUGGCAGGAUGUCUCGACUCCUCAACCAUCUGUGUCCGCGAAGGAGAAACUCAUUACUUACCAGAGGCGUCCGAGCGGUGGGUCAUCGGGAAACAUUCCGAAGAAGAAGGUGCUUGACAAACCACCUUCCAGUCUUCCGGGAAGCUCGCGUGCCGGUAGAAGCUCGCGCUCGCGGGACACCUCCCAACGUCGAAUGGACGAGGAGUCAAGCGAGAAGACGGAGAACGAUGAACGGAUUCGCCGAUUGCAAUCCCAGUCACUAGCCACGCGAAGGUUCACCCAGGGCGAAGGCUCUUGCGAUGUGAAUGCAGAGCGGGAGGAUAGUAGAGGUGACGAAGCCCGGGCGAGGGGCGAUGGAGAAGACGAUGAGAAUGAAGGAGAAUGUGGUGGUGGGCAGGACCACAUGGAUUGCGAAAAGGCAGCGGCAAGCGGCGAGGUGCUCGGUGGUAAUGUGGGCGGUUCGGAGAUGGAAGACCAGGAGAUGGAAGAUGAGGAAAUGGAAGACGAGGAAAUGAAAGACGAAGGACAGGAUGUCGAUGUUUCCGCGGAGCUUACUUCGAAGGGGAGGGGAAAACGCACAGCGGAAUCGUCGCCGAAGCGAGCCGCGCCUAAGAAGCAGGCUCGAAGAAAAGCUGUGCAGGACGCUCGGCUCGCCUUGGAUGCAGCUGCUAGUACGCCUGGUGAAGCCGGUGUGGAAUCCAAAUCCAAAGCUCGGGUUCGCAAAACAUCGCAACCCAGGAAGCCUGUGCGGCCGUCGAGGCACCCGAAAUCGAAUGACUCGAGCGACGAUGCUGAAGGGGUGGCCCCUCGUUUGCUCUCCAUCCCUGACGACGACAAACCGGAGACGAAGAAACCCAAAGCGGUGAACAUGACGCAGUGCUUCUUCCUCGAGUACGACGAGGACGGCAAAAAGAGAAAGGACCCGCCUAGGGUGGUCAUUGACGUCAUGCAGAUUCUUCCAAUUCCGGUGGGAGAGAUCACCUUCAACCAGCGAGCGCUGAACCCAACCAUCGGGAAGAAGGAGUUGUUCCAUUGCAUAGCGGCUAAGGACGGGGGACCAAACGCUACCGUGUCCUUCAAAGAUCUCAUUCCAUCAAACUUCAAAUGUUUUGGAGAUAUGACGAGGCGAGAGAAGAAAAUUGCAUUGCGGUUGAUGAUAGAUAAGAAGGUCAUCGCCACUACCCGACUGGUUUCUCCAGGGAAGUUGAACAUGAGCAACCUCCUCGACAUCAUGCAGUGGGAAAGAUAUAUGAUGCGUCUGUUCAACUACAUCGUCUUCAAAUCGGAAAACAAAGAGGGGAAAGAAUGGAAGGACGGGAACUUCAUCGACUACGAAGGGUUGGAGAAAAGGUUCGGUGUGAAGGCAGCCGAAUGGGAUGAGGAGAGGGAUAAAAUCCCUUUGGAAUAUGUCAGGAGGGUUCCUAAAAGACUCGGCGGAGAGCAAGAGGAAAAAGGCGUGAAAGGAGCUGGCCUGAACGCCACCGCUGCGUUGUAUAGGGACGCACCUUUCCACUUCAAGUACUUCGUGUACCAUGCGAUUGGGAGAGUGGACUUGCUGACAACAGAGUUGCGGCGGUUGAAGAACGCUGCCCUUAAUCUUAGCUGGGAGAAGAAACAGCGACGGUCGACAUUGCUACCGGUCAACAUGCAACCGAAGGACUUGCUGCCUGCAGGCGACGAAAUUGUGACUGCGGCCACGAACUUGAAUUGCAAGGCAGCCAUCCUGGAUCUCGCCAACCCGAAGAACUGCCUUGUAUGGACGCCAGCCGAUUUCGAUGGUCUGCGCAAAAUGAUGACGAAAUUGUGCAGUAAUAAUUGGAUUCUGAUUGUAUUUGCUCCACAAAAACAGCACAAGGCCGUCAUGAAGCAACUUUACAACUGGGACGAUGCAGAGGUCCUACUCGGGACUUGGAAGCGUUAUCUCGGGUUCGGAACGGCUGUCAGCAAGUAUGGAAACUGGCAAGUCGAUUAUAAGGACACGAUGGCGGUCGUCCUGCAUGCUGAGGGGGGCGACCUUAGUAAGGUAGCGAGGGCUCCUAAAUCGGAGGCAGAGAUAGUGGAGCUGACCGUUGAUGAGGAGCAAUUCAAGUGAUGCACAGCAAAGCACGGUGGCGGGGAAGGAAACGAACGAGAGGUGUAUGGGCGGUGGGAACGACAUCCUAAACGGUUGCAGAAGUU